AUGUUUGAAGACAUACGGUAUCACGACUUUCACAUCAUAGCACCCGACUCGAGCCCAGCGCUGAAAUGGUCACAAGAUUGGGCCCAAUUCCCAGGGCUGCCGUACCUGCCGGGCCUGACCGAGAUGGAAAUGGCCAUACAACCCUACGGCGACCACCUGCAUCGAUUUAUGCAACAACACUGGCACUACUCCAUAUACCUGUCCAUUGUGUACAUCGGGGUAAUACUGGCCAUUAAGCAUGUAAUGAAGUCAAGGCCGGCGUUUAAUCUACGGGUGCCGAUGGCCUACUGGUCGGCCAGUCUGGCCCUGUUCUCCAUCAUAGGUGUGGUCCGGUGUUUGCCCGAGUUUUGCCAUAUACUCUGGUUUAAGGGUUUUAGCGCCUCGUUUACCGACUCCAGUUAUUACAAAGACUGGCGGCUAAACCUGUGGUACCUAUUCUUUGUGCUAUCGAAAGCCCUAGAGCUAAUUGACACGGUAUUCAUCGUACUGCGCAAACAGCACCUGAUCACUCUACACUGGGUACACCACUGCCUGACCCUAUGCUACUCGUGGUACGUGUUCGGUGACGUGCCCGGCACCGCCAGAUGGAUGGUCAACAUGAAUUUCCUAAUACACAGCCUUAUGUACACGUAUUACGCGUGCAAAGCGUUCCGGUUGUCAAUACCCCGUGCGGUGAAUGUGACCAUCACUUCCCUGCAAAUCGUUCAAAUGCUGUACGGCCUGUACGUCAACGUACAGGCGCUGUGGUAUAAGAUCACUGGCCAGCCCUGCGAUUGUCACAUAUCCGUAGCCCUCACCGGCACUUCCCUUUAUGGGCUGUUUUUUGUGCUGUUUAUGAACUUUUUCAUCAGGAGCUAUUUGUUGAAACCCCAACAGACCAAGAGUGUUAUAUUUACCACUCUGUGCGCGCCCAGAGGUUUGGACACCAGUACUACUACCACAACCACUACUAAUGGGACACCCAUUGCCGUCACCAAUGGUUUGCGUAAACGCUAUGAUGUCUACCAAAAUGGCGAUGCCGUGAAAGUGGUCGAUCACCAGUACAACAACGGCGACGCCGUAAAGGUUGAUCACCAGUACAUCAAUGGUUACUCACCUCUUAAGGCCGAUCACCACCAAAAUGGCGGUCAACUGAUCACCGGUGCGGACAUUAAGCUUAAGAACCAUAUGAAUAGCACCGAUAGCUAUAUUGGUUUCCGUAGUAUUAAUAAUAAUAAUAAUAAUAUUAAUAAUAACGUUGAGAUCAUUAAGAAAUUUAAUUGA